AUCCUACUUCCACUACUGGGUCUACCCGCAUGGAGCAACUACUCUUUUCUCUCAAGCCAUAGCCGCUACCAGUUGACAUGACACGUCGUUUUAUUCCCUCUGGUCUCGUCUCCUCCACUCCAUGUAACUUUGCCUUGCCAUGCCCUUGCCAUGCUAUGCGGCCAUUACCGUCGGCUCGGUGACCCUCUGCCGUUAUUGACCCCCGUCUAUACAUCCCUCCAUCCACUACUACGCGCUCCUUCCCUCCCACUCCCACUCCCGCGCUCCCUCCCACCACGCUCCUCCACAUCUACUAUAUAGUCUUGCUACUUCCCGCCUCAUCCCCAAUCUUUCCUCUCCCCUCUUCUUCCCCCUUUCCUUCUUUGAAGAUGUCUUGUUAAAUAUACUUUGGGGGCGUUUCCUAAUAUCAGUCAGUCUCUUCGUGUCACAACCUUGGAAACAGAAAAACAGAAAACAGCAAAACACGGAAAAAUAUACACGGUCGUUUGGAUGCAGAUUGUGGUUUAUGGUCAAUGGUCAAUGUCGCUACGAUUUCCUUGUCCUCUGUUAUCUUGAAAGCGUCAGUAUUCGUCAGUUAUCAGUAUACCUGCCACUGCGUAAUACACAAUACACACUCCAGGCUGGAAAAGAGCUUGGAUUCCGCGUUCUCCCGACUUGCAGAGAGAGAGUGAGCCAUCCUGAGGAGCAGGAGCAAUUCUGGGUUGCACCUCGGUGAAUCAUUCCGCUGAAUCAUUCUGAACCUUCUUAUUCGCGCUUUGAUUGCAGAGCUUUCAAUAUAAGUGCCAAAAACAAGACUUCAAAUUGCUUUCACUGCAACUUCUCUCCCAGGCGUGCUUCGUUUUGAAACCUCCUGCUGCUGCAGACUUUCUCAGACAUCCAAGAGCCAUCCACACACGUUCACUACACAAUCCACACCACCAAUCGACUGUCUUCCGUGGCCCCUCGACUGCUGCUACCCUGUUUGCCAGACGUCAUCUUCCCGCUUUUGUCCCAGCCAAGGGCGUGGACAUUUUUCUAAUUGGGCAUCUUCUUCCAAAUAUAUAUGAUGCACGUGACCGAAUUUCUCAAAAAUUUGACAUUCUGGGAAUGGUAUAUCCUCCUAUUUUGGCCUUAUCGAUAUGUACGUCUGAUCGUUAAUAUUAUCGGUCACUGCUUGUACAGAUCGAUACCGAAACCUCAGAACCCCACAUACACCAAGGAAGAUGUAACGGUAGUCAUCCCUACGAUAGAGAGCAAUCUCGAAGAGCUUCGCGGACCAAUCUCCAGCAUUCUUGCCUGUGACCCCCACGAGCUGAUCCUCGUCACCACCUUCGGCAAGUAUCAUGGCCUCCUCCAGUUCGCUGCCUCCUUCGCGGAUCCACGUAUCAAGGUCUACGAUACAAAAAUCGCCAACAAGAGAGUCCAGCUACGAGAAGCUAUCCCUCGAGUCACCACUCGCAUCACUGUCCUGGUAGAUGACGACGUCACGUGGCCAACAACCAUUCUUCCAUGGCUUCUGGCGCCGUUCGAGAGGGAGGACAUGGGAUCUGUGGGCGUAUGCCAGCGUGUGCAGCGGGUUCGUACCGGGGAUCUCGCAACCCGUGCCUGGAAUUGGCUAGGGGCUUGCUACAUUCAUCGACGCAACUUUGAGAUCUCGGCUUCUCACUUCUACGAUGGUGGAACUUCGUGCAUGUCUGGCAGGACCAACGCUGUUCGCACCGAGAUUCUCAAGCAUCCGCUAUUUUUGGAUGGGUUCUGUAAGGAGAGAUGGGGGAAAUACCAGCUGAAUGCUGAUGAUGAUAAUUUCUUGACGAGAUGGCUGGUCAACCACGACUGGAAGACGUGGAUUCAAUACGAGCGCGAGUGCGAGAUUGAGACGACCCUGGAGAAUGACUGGUCUUUUGUGAGGCAGUGCUUGAGAUGGGCGAGGAGUAAUUGGCGAAGCAACUACACAACGUUGUUUAUCGACAGGAAGGUUUACUGGGGCCAAUGGUGGACUAUAUACGCGCUAUACUUCGCAACGUUCACGUCUUUAGGUCUCAUAACCGACCCGCUAUACUUCUACUCCUUUUACUGCGCUUCUCGGAAUUGGGAGCAGGCCUCAGCAUGGACCGGAUGGAGCCUGGUGAUCGCCUGGUAUAUUUUCACCAAACUCGUCAAGCUUACAGGCUUACUUCGUCGUCAUCCUUCCGAUAUCAUUUAUGUGCCAGUCUCAGUCGUAUUCGGCUUCCUCCACGGAUUCAUUAAAUUGAAGGCUCUGUGGACAUGGAACGAGACAUCAUGGGGCAAUCGACCAGAUGGCGAUAUUGACAACAGCGAGCGCAUGCAACCGACGGCAGUGCCUGCCGAAGUCAUGAUAAACCCCAUGCCUGGAACGCAAUCCCUCGUCCGCUACAAAGACGAGGUACUGAUCUCCCGUGUCCCCAGCGGACUCCGACUGUCAAAAACAUCGACAUUCUCGGAAAAAGAACCUCUAUUACUAGGAUUCGACGACCUCUGACUCACGCAGUCAACUCAGAUUCGCUGCGCUUGUUUUGCCUAAGCCUCCCCGAUUAAUCUCUGGAGCGCCCAUUUGCGUAAUUCGACGGCCAAAAAAAAUUCAGCGGGAACCACAGCACCGCUUCGCGGGAAGGGGGGGAGGGGAAAAAAGGGCCACACACCACAAGUCUGGCCUCGAAAAAAGUUAUAUUUGAUAUUUUUGGGCGGCAUUCUGCGUUUGUGUUUUUACUACUACUACCGCCGACCCAAAUUGUGAUCACCCGGUCCCCUCCUCAUCGGAAAACCUUUUGUCGUUCUGGCUGGGGCCUUCCAAUGAGGCCAGAUUUUUUGGCCGUCUGUGGUCCUACGAUGAUUGGCUCUGGACUAUUUUUAUGAACUAUUAUGGACCUUGACGCGCGACGGACCGCUUCCUUAGCGGCCGUAGUUAUUAUUAUUUGUUCGAACUAUAUGUGUUUCCAAAAAAGCGGAUUUUGCAGCAUUUGGCCUCCCCCUAUCCUGCAUGACGGCGGGGGAGCUUGUCUAAUAUUGAGCGAAUUGAAAGCAUGUUCUUACCUUCUAGAUAGCUAGCUUACGCAUGGAUUUUUUUUGGGCGGGGAUUAUAUUAAUUUAGCUCGAGUUCAUUAUGAAUAAUAUCUCCUCUCGAGAUGCUUGAAUCUCUGAAACAAAC